AUGUUUCCAAGUACGGAGGAUAGUGGCCGGGUGGCUGGUGAUGGAUGUUUGGUGUUUAGUCAUGGUUACGCUGAGGGAUACCCAAAGUUGGAACUGUUAGAAGCUAAUGUCUCUAACUACCAGUUAUGCCUCGAAAAGUCGAAAGGCUUCUUUGAUAUCUUGGCUAAGCCAGAGACCGGGUUGACAGUACUUGGUGACUUGAAUGGGAGAAUCAAAAAUCCAUUCAUGAUUCGUGGUAUAUGA